AUGCCUGAAUUUAACCACUCUGUGGCAAUUGAAUUUACCCUCACAGGAUUCAUGGAUCAAUCAGAGCUGAAGCCCCUUCUGUUUGUGGUGUUCUUUGUCAUUUAUGUGAUCACCAUGGUGGGAAAUCUUGGUUUGGUAGCAUUGAUCUAUAUGGAGCACCAUCUUCACACACCAAUGUACAUCUUUCUGGGAAACCUGGCUCUGAUGGAUUCCUGCUGUUCCUGUGCUAUUACACCCAAGAUGUUAGAGAACUUCUUUUCAGAAGGAACAAUCUCCCUCUCUGGAUGUAUGGCACAAUUUUAUUUCUUCUGUCUUGCUGAAACUGCAGACUGUUGUCUUCUGGCAGCAAUGGCCUAUGACCGGUAUGUGGCAAUAUGCAGCCCACUGCAGUACCACACCAGGAUGUCAAAGAAACUCUGCAUUCAGAUGACCACAUGGGCCUACAUAGCUGGAAAUGUGCAUUCCAUGAUUCAAGUAGGUUUACUGUUUAGGCUAACUUUCUGUGGCUCUCAUCAAAUCAAUCACUUUUUUUGUGAUGUUUUCCCAUUGUAUAGACUUGCUUGUGUUGACCCCUAUAUCAAUGAACUGAUGAUACCCAUCUUUUCUGGGUCACUUCAAACCUUCACUAUUACCACAGUCACAAUUUCUUAUCUCUUCAUUCUUUUCACUGUUUUCAAAAUGAAAUCAAAAGAAGGAAGAAGCAAAGCCUUAUCAACUUGUGCAUCCCACUUUCUCUCUGUCUCAAUGUUCUAUGGCUCUCUUCUUUUUGUGUACGUUAGCCCAAGUACAGUUAAAGAAGAAAAUGAUCUACCAGUUGCUGUUUUUUAUACUCUGUUAAUUCCUUUAUUAAACCCUUUUAUUUAUAGUCUAAGAAAUAAGGAAGUAAUAAAUGUUGUGAAAAGAAUUAUGAAGAAAUAUUGCAUAAAGUUCUGA